CGCGCCCCGUCCGCUUUCACAGCGCCCAAACGUGCCGCGAGUGCUUUUCAAGUGAUGUCGGCUUGUGACUAGUGCCAUGCUCGUGCACUGUGCCCUCCUGGCGGCUCUGCUCGCCUCCGCCGCAGCAGCUUGGCAGGAAAACGUCCGCCCUAAGGUCUUCGCACAACUAGUUUCAGGGAUCGACGACACGCACAAAUUCCUCGGCAAUGAAACACACACAGAUUACUUCAGACUGUUACUACGGGACGGAAAUUAUCUUCUGGUUGGUGGGAGAAAUGUCGUGUACAACCUCAGCUUAACAGAUCUCACGGAGCAACGGCGCCUCGUGUGGUAUUCAGCAGAGAGUGACGUGCAAAUGUGCGUCGUAAAAGGAAAAGACGAGGAGAGCUGUCAAAACUACAUUCGCCUGUUAGUCUCGUUGGGUCCCGGCAGAUUGCUUAUCUGUGGCACAAACAGCUUUAAGCCGGUAUGCCGGGAAUAUGGAGUGCAAAGGGACUCUUAUCACAUGGAGAAAGAAAAAUCCGGCCAGGCUGUCUGUCCUUACGACCCUGAACAUAAUUCUACCGCUGUUUAUGCAGAUGGAGAAUUAUAUUCGGGGACGGUAGCAGACUUCAGUGGUAUGGAACCUCUCAUAUAUCGAGAACCACUACAAACGGAGCCUUACGACUCUAUGACGUUAAAUGCUCCCGAUUUCGUCAAUUCGUUAGUACAUGGCAACUUCGUGUACUUUUUCUUCCGGGAAACGGCGGUCGAGUACAUUAAUUGUGGAAAAGCCGUAUUUUCACGCGUGGCGCGAGUAUGUAGAGACGAUAGCGGAGGCCCGCAUCGUUUGAAACAACGGUGGACCUCCUUCCUGAAGUCGCGCCUCAAUUGCUCCGUCGCUGGAGACUUCCCCUUCUAUUUUAAUGAGAUUCAAUCAACCACAGAGCUAAUCGAGGGGGUCUACGGGGGUCUGAACGCCCAGCUGAUAUACGGCACCUUCACGACCCCUCCCAACAGUAUAUCCGGCAGUGCCGUCUGCGCGUUCAGUAUGCAAGACAUCGCAGACACCUUUGAGGGCACUUUCAAGGAGCAGAGCGCGAUUAAUUCUAAUUGGCUGCCUGUAAAUAGCGCUAAGGUUCCAGAACCAAGACCUGGCACAUGUCACAACGACUCGAAGCAACUUCCCGAUCAAACACUGAACUUUAUCAAAACACACGCACUCAUGGACGAAUCCGUGCCAGCUUUCUUUGGCGAACCCAUCGUUAUACGCACUAGUUUCCACUAUCGGUUUACACAGAUAGCAGUGGAUCCUCAAGUGAAAACACCAGGUGGAAAGGCAUAUGACGUCCUUUUCAUUGGCACAGACAACGGCAAAAUAAUAAAGGCGAUAAACGCAGUAUCAUACGACACUAAUAAGCGCGCAGCUCCCGUAGUCAUAGAAGAAUUACAAGCGUUUGGUGCGGGUUCGCCCGUGCGUGCGUUACGCGUGGCGAGAGCAGGACGAGAUGCGGCCAGGCUUAUAGCCGUUUCAGAUAAGGAGGUGCUCAGUCUUCGGCUGCAUAGAUGCUCUAGUGACAAGAUCAGCUCUUGCUCAGAGUGUGUAGCGCUCCAAGACCCAUACUGCGCGUGGGACAAGCAAGCCGGCCGGUGCCGCGCGUACUCGCACGGAGUGAGUCGCUGGCUUGAUGAGAACUCCUUCUACCAGAGUGUGAGCACUGGGAGCCAUGCGGCUUGUCCUCAUAGUAAAGAUGCAGGAGCAGUUGGUGGUCUAAGCUCUGGUUUAUAUGACGAUGCUAGAGAAAAUAAGGGAGAGGUCAUUAACAUAGUACAAGAUAAGGAAGGCAAAGGCAACAAUAAUAAUAAUGAAGGUCCCGAAGUAUUACAAGCAGAUCCUCCACCCGCCGCGUAUUCAGUAGAAACGUUAGCUCUAGCGGUUGCCGCGGGUGCGCUCGCAGCGCUCGGCGCGGGCUUCGCGGCGGGAUACAUUUGUGGGCGCCGGUGUAAGAAGGAUGACGACGAUAACAUGCCCUAUCCGGACACUGAGUAUGAGUAUUUCGAACAGCGGCAAAAUAUUAAUAGGAUCCAAGCGGAACCAAAACUCCUGCAACAAGUGGAAGAAGUAACGUACGCAGAGCCCGUCCUCGCGCCACAACCGAAGCCCGCGUCCCCCCGCGCCACGCUCCGCAAGCACCCGCCGUACCACCCGCACCACGAGACGCUCUUCCAGUUCCAGCCGGACUCGUACCGGCGCGAUAACUUCGGCACGCUGCGCUCGCACCAGGUCAAUGGCGAUGGCUACCGGCGCGGCAACGACAACGGCUUCUCGACCACGCGUUCAGUGAAAAAGGUGUAUCUCUGAGAAACAAGCGGGGCGGAUUCGCGCGACCAAAUGCCUCACCAUCAUAAACAUAAUACGCACCACCACCAUACUUUGGUGUCGCAGCGCAGCAGCGGUUCGGGAUCAGGGACCGCGAGUGGGUCGUCGUCGUCGCCCUCGCCGCCCUCCUCCUCCCCCUCGCCGUCGGGCGAGCGGCCCCCCACCCCGCCGCCCCCCGCGCCGCAGGCCUGCGCCUACAUCUACCGCAACUAGCGCGCCCGCUCCGCCCCCCCGUGCGAUACACUCGCCCCGCUCCCCGAGCUCCUCAGAGAGCCCCACGCGUGUUCCAAAUUCAAAGACAAUCUUUUUUGUGCAUGGCAACUCGCCAGUGACGUAUCGAACGUUCCAGUUCAAAAGACAUUCCACGAAGGUGCGUGAUUGUUAUUCGAUAACGGAUAAGUUGUUGUUGUAUCAGAUAUGGACUGUUGUAGCGAGAACCUCUCGAAGUUUAUACUCGAUAACGACACAUUGUUAUACAGUUACAAUAUUGAUCUCCACGUCAUUUACUAAUCUUAAUUACUACAUGAAGUCCAAAAUGAACGCACACAUGUGUUGUAUCAGUUGGUUUGUAUGUCAGUUUCUGUUUAGAUAAAAUAUUGUAAAAUCAAAAUAGAAUGUUGCCUGUUCGUAAAAAAAUAAUAAUUAAAAGUUCACAUUUACAAACAAAUCUAUGGAGAUCUCGUGAAAAUAACUGUAUGAAAUCAAAAAGUGUAUUUUUUUUAAGACAGAAUAUUAUCGAUCGCUGUACGAUAACAACUGUAACAAAUUUGUAGAUUGUUUAGAAUAUACAUAGUUUACUUAUAUUUUAGGUAAAUUAUAAGUUUUGUUGGUAUCAUGUUGAUAAGUAGUUAGUAUGAAUAAGUGAGGAUCAUUGCAAGUUUUCAUUUAAUUAAUAUAUUUUGAUAUAAUAUCUAUCAUUAACUUCUGUCUCAAGAAAGGUGCAAUCAAUUCACAAAUCUACCGCAUCUUUAUAGGGUUAAGCAAGGUUUUUACUUAAAUAUAAAGUUAUUUAAUUUGGCAACACUAUAUCAUAUUAUUUCAUCAAGCGACUGCCAAGUUAACAACGAAGUUAUAGUGAUUUUAUAACUACUGUUUUGAAAUAUUAUUGCAGUGUUGCCAAGUUAUGACAAGCAAGUUUACAAACACAGAUAUGUAAUGACUAAUUGCAAAUAUAUACCUUGUAAAAUAAUGUAAAGUUCUGAUAUUCAUUCGUAAUUAAAGUGCUUCUUAUGGAUGUAUCUAGUUAUAGAAUAGAAAUCGUUUUGACUAUUCAGUAAUGUUAUAGAUUUAGCCAUUAUCUAAUAAAUAGCUAUUAGAGCGCGAGCAUUACGCGGACGCCACCUUAGAUUGUUGGUACGACAUUUUGUAAAAAAAAACAACACUGUGAUCAAACGAUCCUUGUACAUACAUUCUGUGCAGGUUAAGACACGCCGCCAUUUUGUUACAAAUUGACACGAAAUGUCGACGCAUAACCUAACCUAUAAAAUAACUUAUACGAUUCUAAAUGUUAACCAUAAUUGUGGGCCAAACGUUUAAAUUUCAGUUUCAAGAUGUUCCUGUUGCUGUUUUAUAGUUAAAAGAACUUAGCUUCUCGACACUAGGUAGUUUCCACAGUGUUCGAUCUUGUCUGAUUGUUGACAAUUGAAUGUAUGUAAACAAUGUCAAUUGUAUUUGUAAUGACCUAGUGCCUAAGUGUGUGUGGCAGGAUAGUUCUGUAUGCGGUGAUAAAAACGAUUUAUUGUCGAAUUCUCAAAUGUAACUCCAAAGUUUAGAAUGAGAAAGACAUUAAUAGAAAGACAAAAUGGCGAAUUUAUGUUGAGUUUCGUUUGAGAAUUCGGACUUUAGUGAAACGAGCGAGUACUCAUAAUUCAACCUGCAUACCGCCAAUAUUCAUGUUAAAUACGAAACAAAAUUUGUGUUAGGUCUGAUCUAUGUGGCACAUCAAACAGCAGAGUCAUGCUAAUAAAUUUACUACAACUGCCGGCUAUCUAUCAAAACAAUGGAAAACGAAAAUCCUUAAUGUGUUUCUUUAAUUUGAGGGUAAUUUGUGGGAAUUUUCUAACUAAAUGAGUACUUGUACGUAUCACUAAAUAAAAUGUGCAGAUGUUCUUUGGGACUGAUUGUUGCGAUCAUAGAGUAGAGUAAAGAGUUACAAUAGUUAUAAUGUCCUAAUGCGAGGCUCGCGCACACUUCUGUACCAUUUCAUACUCAUAAUGCCUCAUAUAUAAUUAAAAGUUUAGCUACUGCAACUAUAAGUAAAUGGCUGCAGAAAUUUGCGCUAGCUCUUGUAUUAAAUAUAGGACAUGCUUGUUUAAUAUAAAGUAUACAUUUUAUACUCCUGAUAUAAAAGUGAGAUGGCAUUCUAAAACCUUAAUAAUCUAAUAAUACAAUACUCAAGUUUGUAACAUUACGUUUACAUACCAAAGACGCCAUUUUUAAGAUAUAAUUAUUUAUUUCUAGUAGUAAUUAAUUAUAUUGAUAAUUGUAGUUGUUACUUUAAUUAUGAUCAAUGUAACUGCCAAUUUUCGUAUUUGAUAAAAAUUAACGCACAGUACUUUUUUUUGUUUUUUAGUUAUAAUAUUUCAAUAGUUGCUUUAAUAUCGGCGUUAUACGAGAGUAAAUUUCUGUGAAUUUUAAAAUAGUGUCCAUAUAAAUGUCGAAAGAUUUAAAUAUUCAGUAUCCUUUGACUGAUGGUAGGUAAUCUACUGUUAUCAACUGUUCUGUUUUAAAAUUCUAAGAAAUUUAAAUUUUAUACAUACGUAAGAAAGGCUAAUAUUUAAAUGUAUAUAGCAAGAUCUGUAAUGUAAUUUUGUCGAGUAACUACCUAGGGAUAAGCGUUAGACAUAAGCGCAAAAUUUUGAAGAAUGGAUUGUUAAGAGUUGUUUUGUAAUAAUAAAAUGAUAAAAUGUACAAUAACCAUUUCUACGUUCAAAACUGAACCAUCUUUUUAUACUCGUAAAACAUGAACAUGCCUAGAAGUCUUAUAUAAGCGUAAAUUAUUUAUUAAUUAUUGAAAAUUAUAUUAGAAGUAUGAUACGUAUUGUAGUUUAUAUUAUGAUAGACCGCUUAAUUUUAUUUUGAAACUCGAAGCCUUAGUGUUAGAAAUUGAAGACUUUUAUUAUACCUAAAUAAAAUAAAUUGUAAUUACAGAGGAUUCAACAUAAUAAAAAUCCGAAACUUUUAUUAACGUAUUAAUAAGGUAUAGCGCGUUUACAUCACAUUAUCUAACCAUCACAUAGGUUCUUGUAUAUUAUAUAUUUGUUAUAUUAAUUUCAGGAAUGGAUUAAUCGGAAAUCGCACGGUGAAUCGAUAGUUAUUUUUGUCAAACCAAUGUCAAACUAAUACCGGUGACAAUUUCACGGUCCUAUUUAAAUGUGUUUCUUUAUCUUUUUUAUAUAUUUAAUUCUGUUAAUAGUAACAAGGCUCUCAGUAUGAUUUUUUUUUAUUGAAGUGAAACUUCUAUAUCAGGUUUGGAAAAAAAUUUAGUGUAGGUACUUACGUAACAUUUUUUCGUUAUGCGUGACAUUUUUCCGUUACGCGCAAUCUUUUUCUUAU